AUGGCGAAUCAACCUGAAUCAUCUGAUCCGAAAGAAACGAAGAGGGACUUUAGCACGGCGAUUCUAGAGAGGAAGAAGGCGGCUAAUCGUUUGGUUGUGGACGAGGCGAUCAACGAUGAUAACUCCGUCGUGUCUCUAAACCCUAACACCAUGGAGAAGCUACAACUCUUUCGUGGAGAUACCGUCUUACUCAAGGGAAAGAAGAGGAAGGAUACUGUGUGUAUUGCUUUAGCUGAUGAUACAUGUGAUGAACCAAAGGUUAGGAUGAACAAGGUUGUUAGGUCAAACCUGAGGGUUAGGCUCGGAGAUGUAAUCUCUAUCCAUCAAUGCCCUGACGUCAAGUAUGGGAAGCGAGUUCACAUCUUGCCCUUAGAUGAUACCAUUGAAGGAGUUAGUGGAAAUAUCUUUGAUGCCUACCUUAAACCUUAUUUUCUGGAGGCAUACCGCCCGGUGAGGAAGGGUGAUCUUUUCCUAGUUAGAGGAGGAAUGAGAAGCAUUGAGUUUAAGGUUAUUGAGACCGAUCCUGCUGAGUACUGUGUGGUUGCUCCAGACACAGAGAUAUUCUGUGAAGGUGAACCGAUAAAGAGAGAGGAUGAGGAGAGACUAGAUGAAGUUGGUUAUGAUGACGUUGGUGGUGUUAGGAAACAAAUGGCUCAGAUUAGAGAACUUGUUGAGCUUCCUUUGAGGCAUCCACAGCUCUUCAAGUCCAUCGGUGUUAAGCCUCCUAAAGGAAUCUUGCUCUACGGCCCUCCAGGUUCAGGCAAGACACUGAUUGCUCGUGCUGUUGCUAAUGAGACCGGUGCGUUUUUCUUCUGUAUCAAUGGUCCGGAGAUUAUGUCCAAGCUAGCUGGUGAGAGUGAAAGCAACCUUAGGAAAGCGUUUGAGGAGGCUGAGAAGAAUGCGCCUUCGAUCAUUUUCAUUGAUGAGCUUGAUUCCAUUGCUCCAAAGAGAGAAAAGACUCAUGGGGAGGUUGAGAGAAGGAUUGUUUCACAGCUCUUGACGCUUAUGGAUGGGCUUAAAUCUCGAGCACAUGUGAUUGUUAUGGGAGCAACCAACCGUCCUAACAGCAUUGACCCGGCUUUGAGAAGGUUUGGAAGAUUCGACAGGGAGAUUGAUAUUGGUGUUCCUGAUGAGAUUGGUCGUCUUGAAGUCCUCAGGAUUCACACCAAGAACAUGAAGCUCGCAGAAGAUGUAGUGUUCUGUUUUAUAUAUGAUCUUCAUUUCUUCUGCAUUGUUAUACCUGACAUAAUUUGCUAUUUACCAGGUUGA